UGUCUUGUGCGAGUUUGUGUGAUUUAUGACUACUGUGUCUGCAAUUAUUAAAUUUGUGCGAUUUUGGUCGAUGUCUUGUGCGAUUUUGUGCGAUUUAUAUUCAAAUAUGUUGCCAGCCAGCAAACAGAAUUAAAUUAUUUCUAGUAGUGCGAUUUAUAUGCGAUUUAUGUGCGAGUUUGUGCGAUAUAGUAUGUUAUGCAGUGGCUGUUAUGCGAUUUCUGUGCGAUUUCUAUGCGACGUAUAUGCGAUUUAUAAUCUUUCUGUUUGUAUUUGCAGAUGGCUUCAGAACUCAUUCUCCCCUUGGCUGAGCAUUUUCCUGGGCGUAUCACUUACCGAGGAAAUGGGUACUUUGCUUCAAUUAAAGCAAAGUUUGAAGCCUUUAACCUGACCGAGAGGGUGAAGGAAACUCCUUUUGGAGUUUUUUGGAAUGCGAAUGAUAUGAAAUUCUCCGGGGUGAUUGUGCAUCAACUGCUGUUGAGGAAAAUGAAAGUGACUGAGGUAAAGAAUGAUGAAGUGUGGUUUUACGUGGGUAAAACCGAGGCCAGAUUUGAAAGGUCUGAGUUUGGAUUGAUCACUAGCCUGAAGAUGAGCGGUGGCCCCUCGACUGAAGAAUUGACUACACUAUGUGAGUCUGAUCGGAUAUUGCGGGACUACCUCAAUAAUGCCAAACGGCUCACUUUCAAAACCCUUUGGCUAGCUUUUGAGGCGUGCGAUGUGGCCGACGACGUGUACAAGCUGGGGAUGUGUGCAUUUGUUGAAGGUGUGCUACUAUCAAGGGCUGAGGGUGUUUAUAUAUGGUCGGAUAUGCUGAAGUUAGUAGAAAACGAGGAGAAGUUCUUUGAAUAUCCGUGGGGCCUUCUUUCUUAUCAGAAGUUGUUGUCAUCCACAGCCAAAAGUAUGACUGACCUGAGGAAGAACUACAUUGAUAAAUCUACUAAGAACAAGAAGAAAGGGAAGAAGGAGAAAAAUAUUACUCAACCUGAGGCGAAGUACAAUGUCUACGGAUAUGCACCGGCGCUACAAUAUUGGGCCUUUGAGGUGAUGCAAGAUUUGGAGAAGAAGUACGGGCAGUGCAGAGGGACUAGAUUCCCUCGAAUGUUGAAUUGGAGCACCCCUAACACGGUAACGAAACAUGAUGUGGAGCAACCUGAUGUCGCUACACUAUUUGAGAAAAGGAUGGUUGUUCUUCAAAUUUUGUAUCCUCGGAAUUGGGAGGUGGACUAUUGGAAGAGCAAUUGUGAGGGUGAGGUCCCCACGGUGGAAAUGGGGUUGGAUGAGGUCGAAGAAACGCAAGUCAGGGCGCAAGAUUCGACCGCAUUCCAGACCCAAGUCGAACGGGUGGCGGAUUAUGUGAAAAGGUCCAAAAUUAUUCCACCAUCCCCACCCAAAGAAACACCAGACACCUCCACAUCUGCCACUGUGCCCCCAACGCCUGCCACUGUGCCCCCAAGCUCUGCUCCAGCCAAUGACUCCGACUACCUCUUGUUGGCUAAGAGAUUGGAGAAGGUAGAAACGCAACAACUUGCGAUUCUCAUUGCCCAGACUGAGAUGAAGGCUGACUUCAAGAGAAGUCAGAAAGAGAUGAAGAAUCUUAUCAUGGAUCAAAUUGCGACCGUGAUAAGUUUGUUACAGAAGCAGCCUUCGGAGCCGACACAACCAUCAGGGCCGGCACAUCAAUCAGACCCGACACAUCCAUCAGACAAGGCAGAGCCAUUACAGACGGUACAUCCAUCACCGCCGACAUAUGAUGAUGAUGAUGAUGUCUACCCAGAAGAUUGGCAACCUGACGUAUGUGACGUUCCUUCUACUCCUGACGCCAUUGUCAUUUCGCUGGGUGAUACAGAAUCUCAGGAUGUGGAAGAGUUGCAGGGGCCACCAGCUGGGGUGGACUUCUGCAGGGUUAGGCGAAAGCGGAAGCCGAUUUUCUUGAAUGACUACACAGCUGGGAAGAAGAAACAACGACAUGGGCCCGUGGUAGUAGACACAGUGAAACCGGCGGACUCCCGGCUGUUAAAAUUUUUCCAGAAGUGGAUCACUUACGCUAGGGACAACGACCGUCCUAGGGAUGUUCACACUGGCGUAGCCACUCGAUCCUGGUUCGUGAAAUUGAUGGUGCUGAACGAAUGGCUCGACGAUGCUGUAAGUUAUUUCUUAACAUAAUUAAUUUAUUGUGUUUUUAAAUGUUUAUGCGACUUAUAUGCGAUUUAUAUGCGAUGUUUGCACUUUCUGUUAAAUGUACACCAAGAAGCAUCUGUUGAUAGAAGCGGUUUACCUGAAGAGUGUGUGAUGAAUGAAUCUCAAAUAAGGCAAGUACAUACUAUUGAACAAAGAACUCAGGGAACACCUGAUAAUGUCCAAGGGAUCAAAACUUUUGGGAUUGCUGAAAGGGUGGGUGAAGAAGCUCCAUCUUCUUGUGAAUUUGUCACAAAAGAUGAAUUGAUCGGUCUUCUUAAAGCUGAAAGAGGGAAGUCAUCAUCAUCGAUAGCUUCUAUCAAUUUUCAUCCACCUUACUGUUGGAAAUAUUUUACCAGGAUCUUAGAUUUACUAACAAGUAUGUUGUUUAACAUCCUAAAUAUGAACUUCUAAAACGAUAUGAAAUAAAUACAUAUAAAGUAUGAGAAACCUUACAGUGGUUGCAGCAUAAUAUAAUGUCUCCUUCCAGUCAGAUCUCUAACCCUUGUAUCCUUUCUGUCGCAGAGUAUCACCAAGAUCUGAGCCCGAAUGUCCUUCUCUUGAAACUGAAUUCUUCACAAUCUUCCACACUGUGAUUGAGGUACGACUUGAUGUGUGUGGGCACUCACUCACUCACUAUAGGGUUCGA